CUUAAUCUCUGUUGCAGGAGUUCAUAAACUUUGAGAAUGGCAAGCAGUCAGCCGAGUACAGCCAGAAUUGCAAGAGCAGAAGUGCCAAGAUUCUCGGGUUCAUCUGGGUGUCUGCAUCAGAGAUAAUCUAUGUCACAGACCAGGGGGUGGAACUGUACCAGGUGGAGAUGGGCAAGAGUGUGGUGAAGAUGACGAAAUCCUUGGCGAUGAAUGUGAACUGGUUCCUGUUUUGCCGCCGGACCAGCAUUCUACUGCUGUCUUCGGGCACUGUGGGGAAUACCAUCCAGCCAAUCUUCCUCAAGCAGGGCAAUCUGCACAAGCUCAGUCGUUUUGAAAUUGAACCAACUGGCGCUCCCAAGACUCAAAAGUUGACUCUCGAGGAAAGAGAUGCAAUGAUCGGUAUCAUCUACGGACAACCAAGAGUUCUUGUGCUUCGACACCAAAGCUCCAAGAGUAAUCAAGGGGCAGAAGUUGUUAUUUAUACAAUAAAAAAGAUGUCAACGGUGAAAAAAACUCACGUUCUAAAACUGGGAAGAAGUGGACGAUUCGCUCUGAGUGUCGUUGACAACUUGAUCUUUGUACACCAUCAAGCCUCAAAAACGUCUCUCAUGUUCGACAUUGAACUGGAAGCAGAAUGUGAUGGCUCUAUAUUCUAUCACUCUCGCCUGUCAUGCCUCCUCAACCCAUCAAGGGCGACACCGCAGAUCUCUGUAUCCUUUCUUCACAUUCUUUUCAUGCUAAUAAUAGCUGAUGCACUGUAAAAUGCUGUUCAUUGG